CAGCACGCGUCGCUGGAAAGCGCCUCGGCGACAAAACUUUAACCAUCUUCAAUUUCGACAGGAUUCUCCACCACGGGUGAACGACGGGAUUAAAUCGAGCGACUGCCUCGACGUAUUCUCGACGCACCACAGCAAAUAGGGGAAGGGUAGGCAAAGGCAUAGCCGACCGACAGCCAUGGCAACCGGCGUAGACGCGAAGCUCCUGAAGAGCACCAAAUUCCCGCCCGAGUUCAACCAGAAGGUGGAUAUGCAAAAAGUCAAUGUGCAGGUCAUGAAGAAAUGGAUCGCCAACCGAGUCACAGAAAUCCUGGGGGGCGAAGACGACGUGGUCAUCGAGCUGGUCUUUGACCUCGUCGAGGGCGUCCGCCAUCCCGAUAUCAAAUCCAUGCAGAUCCAAUUGACCGGCUUCCUCGACAAGGACACGCCGACCUUUUGCAAGGAGCUCUGGAAGCUCUUGCUGAGCGGGCAGGCCAGCCCGCAGGGCGUGCCCAAGGAGUUGCUGGAGGCGAAGAAGCUGGAGCUGAUGCAGGAGAAGAUGGAGGCGGACAAGGCCGCCGAAGAGGCCCGCCAGCGACGAGACGAAUUCGAGCGCCGCGACCGCGGAAGAGGUGGUCGAGGCGGCGGUGGGGGACCCGGCCGGGGUGACACAUGGCGUGGAGGUCGGGAUGAUAGAGAUCGGGGCGGGUUCGGGCGCGGGCGGUCCCGCUCGCCGCCCCGCUUCCGCGAGCGUGGUGAGCGUGGUGGAGGACGCGGAGGGCCCCGCGGCGGCGGCGGCGGAGGAUGGCAACGGGAUAUCUACGUUCCCCGCGGAAGUCCACCCAGACGUGGGAGCCCACCCAGGCGGGGGGGCGGUGGGUGGCGCGACGACAGACGUCGCCGGUCUCGGUCCCGGUCCCGCACCCGGUCGGUGUCGGUCCGGUCGACCUCGUCCCGGUCGCUCUCGCGCACGCCUAGCGUGGAAGGGGAUAGGCGGUCCAUCACCCGGUCACCCAGCCCGCCGCGGCGACGACGCGGCGGACGGUCUCGGUCCCGCACCCCGGUGUCUCGGCGGGACGCGCCCAAGCGGCGCCGGUCCCCGCGCGGCCGGACUCGCUCCGUGUCGUCAGACCGCGGCUCGCCGUCGCCCAAACGCCGUCGCUACUCGCGUUCGAGGAGUCGCAGUCGCGGUCGGAGCCCCAGCCGUAGCGAGAGCCGCAGUUUGUCCCGAACGCCAGUCCGCCGUUACACCCGCUCGGCAUCCACAUCCUCCUCCCGGUACUCGCGGUCGCCCAGCCGCACCCCACCCAGGCGGACGAGACGCGACAGCCGGAGCGGCUCUCGGGGCGCUGACGCACGUCGGAGCAGAGCCCGAACUCGGAGUGGGAGCCGCGGCGCUAGCCCCGCUGGUUCGUAUGAUAGCUGGCGCCGCUCUCCCAGCCGGCGGUCUCGCGAGCGAGGCGAUCCCCGUCGGCGUGCUGCUGGGGGUGGCGACGACAGCCCGAGGGGCGGACACGGGGCCCGGAGAGCCUCUUCUGCGUCUUCAUACUCCUCUACACGGAACAGAUCGGCUGAUGGUUCAGGCGCUGAGAACAGACCGCGAUCUUCCCGUGACGACCCGGCGGCGUCGAGUGCGAAGCAGGUAUGUACGUUAGGAAAGGAGGGGCGAUGAGAGGCGUGAUGGGGAUGCGGAACUGACUGACUGACGACUCUCUGUAGGACGCAAAAGCAGCCAGCGAACUCCGCGAGAGGGAACUCAAGGAGAAAAUCAAGAAGAUGAGAUCCUCGAAGAGCGGAGACGACCACGUUGAGGCUAACGCUGCUUGAAGCUCUGCUACUAUUCCAGGACGGGCGCGCCGUCUCAUCUAGCAAAGAAGGAUCAUGGCUCUGGGGCGUAUCGCACUGGCUUUGGUUGAGGAUUGGGAUCUGUGAGACCAACCCCUGAACUCCCCCCAAACGUUGCCCGCCAAAAUUGUCUGAAGUCUCUCAGGUUCUCUCAGGUCUAUAGAAUCGAAAGUUAUCUUACCUCGACUCGACUGUGAAUUCCUCCCUGUCUUUGUAUCGUUUUUGAGAUCCUUGACGCAACGUUAUCGUGCCACCUCUUGAGUUUGUAACGGAAGUACACCAGAAACAUCCCAUGUUGCUGUUUUGAACAAACCACUGCAAGCUCUC